AUGAGCCGGGAGCAUCAGACAGACAAGACCACCACACACCAGAACAGGCAGAGCACAGAGCAAGAACAUUCCAGUGUGGGAGAUUCACCCCAGAAGAGCUGUGAGUCUGAUCCCAGGGUCUCGGUCUCCCAGAGCCUCCUGGAGGAGGACGGCCCAGAGCCCCUGUCCCAGCACCUCCAGGCCAGCAGCCUCGACCUCUCGCAUGGGCCCCUGGUGGCCUCGGAGUACCUGCCCUUCUUCCGCACCUACGGGAAGCUCCUGGCUGUGGAGGAGCCAGCCCCACUGCGCGAGGACCCAGAACCGCCCAGCGGGUUCUUCCCUUACUACCGCUCCAAGGAGGAGAGUUUUCCCAGCCUGGUCCUUCCUGGCAGGUCAUGUGGGGGCUCCCGAGACCCACGCACAAGGGAAGAGGCCCUGGCUGGCUGCUUCUGCAGCAUGACCGUCAGCUGCGGGUGCUCUGCAGUCUCGGCAAGCCCGGGCACCAUCCCCGGGUCCUUACAUUCUCCGCCCUGCUGCCCCAUCCUGCUGGUCUCGGCAGGCCACUCCCAUGACAGCAGGCUGACUGUCCCUCUCUCCAGGGAUGCUGCCUUCAGGGGCCACGGCCUUUGUGCCUCGGGACCCAUGCUGCGCUACAGAACCCCUGGGGAGGAGCUGUACACCAGCCCUGGGCCUCCUUCCUCCCCGUCAGGGGGCCGGAGCCCACGGGGAGCUGCCCAGGCCUGGUGCAGCCACAGUGUGAGGGAGUGGAGCUGGUAG